AAAAACAGUAUUUCACAACAUUAUACCGGCACUCUGCGAUUGGUCCAUCACUAGAACGGGUAACCACAGGAUUUUUUCAAAUUCUAGAAAUGUGUACUCUUUCUCCGGCCGAAUCUGGUGAAUUUAUUUCAAAAAAUGCCAAAUUUUUAAAAGUGAACGAGGCUGCUAUUAAAAGCCUAACAAAAGAGGUGAUAGCCGGCAUCCAAACGAAGGCGAUCGAUGUGGAAAAUUUCUCCCAGCAUCAGUACCACCCUAAGCCAACCGACCCAAUUGCGCCGAACUGGAUCUUCCUGAUUGAUACUCUCAAUUUCUGCUUCUGGACAGCAGGCGAUGCGACUAAAUGGAAGGUCAAGGGAGAAACCGGUUACUUCUCGCUAUGUGCUGCCAUAAAUCGAGCCCUUGAGGAAGGCAUCGACAUUACCAAUCCAGCGUACUAUUCGAAGAUUACUCUGGCGGAGUUGGAGAAAAUUCUGCGUUCAGACGAUGGUAUUACGAAGGCGCCACUUUUGCAAGAACGGGUUCAGUGUCUUCACGAGGUUGGUACAACCCUUCUCGAGAAGUAUGAUGGAAAGUUUGAAAACUGUGUUAAAACUUGUGCCAAUUCUGCCGUUGCCUUACUAGAGUUGAUAACACGCGAUUUUCCGUGCUUCCGGGAUGAAGCCGUCUAUGACGGAAAGCGGGUAGCAAUCUACAAGCGGGCUCAAAUUUUGAUUGGCGACUUAUGGGCUUGCUACCGAGGUGAUGGUUUAGGCUUUUUUCGAGACAUCGAAAAGAUUACGAUGUUCGCCGAUUAUCGCAUUCCGCAGGUGUUGGUUCACUUUAAAACGUUAGAAUACUCCGAUGAACUGAUGGAAACACUGAAGAAUGGUUCUCUGUUGGAAAAUGGUUCCCCGGAAGAGGUCGAAAUCAGAGGGGCCUCCAUCCACGUGGUCGAGCGUUUGAAGCAGCUGGUACUGGAAGAACUGAAGGCAAAUCAUCCGGACAUUUCGCCGAAAAAUGUCAAUGCUGUUCUGUUGGACCAUUUUCUUUGGGAUUAUCGGCGCAAACAUGCAGCAGAGUUGGAGUAUAUUCCAUUCCACAAAACCAUAAGCGUGUAUUACUAAAAGCAU